CAACACCUUCCAAUUUAAAUGGUGGAGAGAGAUUCCAAAUCCCAAAAGGAAACCGAGGCUUGGGUAUUUCGUAAUUGGGAAUUCCCUAGUCCGUAAUCUCUCCCAAUCAAUCCUCUUCUACAAACCCUAGCCCUAUAUAUGCUCGUUGUGUCCUCCUGUUGAAAUCCUCGCGGUACCUCUCUCUCUCUCUCUCUCUCUCUCUCUCUCUCUCUCUGCGUCCAUAGCUUAUUUUUGCAGCAUCCCAGAGAGCCUUAACUUGCAGCCAUGUUGGUCUAUCAGGAUUUACUAACUGGUGAUGAGCUUCUGUCUGAUUCCUUUCCUUACAAGGAGCUUUUUGAUGGAAUUCUGUGGGAAGUUGAGGGAAAGUGGGUUGUCCAAGGAGCGGUCGAGGUUAAUAUUGGAGCAAAUCCCUCCGCAGAAGGUGGAGAAGAUGACGAGGGUGUUGAUGACCAAGCUGUUAAGGUGGUCGACAUCGUUGAUACCUUCAGACUCCAGGAGCAACCUCCUUAUGAUAAGAAGACAUUUGUAGCACGCAUCAAGAAUUUCAUUAAGACGUUGACCCCUAAGUUGGAUGAAGAAAAUCAAGUUAAAUUCAAGAAGAAUAUUGAAGCAGCAACCAAGCACCUGCUCUCAAAGCUCUCAGAUCUGCAAUUCUUUGUUGGGGAGAGCAUGCACGACGACUCGUGCCCUGUGGUUGCUUACUACAAGGAAGGUGCCACCGACCCAACGUUCCUCUACUUUGGCAUAGCUCUCAAGGAGGUCAAGUGCUAACUAAUCGCUAUGGUGUUUGAUGAGAAACUAUAGACAUGUGCUUUCAUGUAUCUCUACUUUGGUAUAUUUUUAUUUUUGGCUGUGUGAUUGGAUUCUCAAUUUUCUGUCUUGCUGUAUCUUCAACAUUUAAGAUUAUGAUUGUUUUUUGUUCCUAAAAAUUAUUAAUAAUCGUAGCUUUUUUGGGUCAUUG